CAAAAUGCUCCGUGCCUGAGAGCAAACAGAGCACAGGGGCUGUAACGUGAGGAGGAGGUUGAGCUUUAGAGAUAUUCCUUAAAGGAAAAAAAAAAGUGUAAAUGACAGUGGAUUGGCCUCCUUUACUGCCAACGCGCCGAAGCAAAACUAUAAACGUCUCAUGCCGACGAUGAAAAUAUGGCAGCUGGAAGAGCAAGGUCCUUCCGUCGGGUUGGUAGUCUAAUGCGGAGUAAAUCUGAGGGGACACUAAUCGACCUGAGUGAUGAUACCACAACAAGCAACAACCUGAAUGGUGGGUAUGUGUCACAAAUCACACAGACGUCUGAGUGGCCGCUUUUACAGCCAGAAGUCGCACAUCCAUCUCAGACAAAAAAUCCUUUUUGGAACAAACUCUCCGGAUCCAACCCUUUCUUAGAUGAUAUUGUACACAACAGCACAGACAAGCACAUUUCCAACACAACGAAUGAAAAAGGAGAAAAUGAAAACCAUCUGGACACAAAUAACGAUGAUGUCAUCAGCACAUCUUCAGAUGAGGGCAAUGUGGGGAACUUUUUGGAAAAAAAACAAAAAGUCUCCAACAGAUCUGGGAGAUGGAGGAGUGCCUCCGACAUUCUGGAUGAUCUGGAGAGAAAAGAGCCGAAACGGGACAACAGCUUCAAAAUGCCUGCACCCGUGCUGAACCCAGAUUUUGAAUGGCUAAAGAAUGACAGAGAGGCCUAUAAGAUGGCCUGGCUGAGCCACAGGCAGCUAACCCGCUCAUGCCUGGACUUAAAUCUGAUGAGCCAGAGCCCCGGAUGGGCUCAGACACAGGCUACUGGCUUUCAGGUUAUCUGCAGGAUCGACCACACUGGAGGCUCAGUACAGCUGCCAGACUCAGAAGUUAGCAUCCAUAUCCCGGAGGGCCAUGUUCCUCCUGGGGAAGUCCAGGAAGUUACACUGAAAGCAAUGCUAGACCCUCCUCCUGGACUCAAUAACAACUACAUGACAACUAUGAGUCCGUUUCUAGAGGUGGUCCUCAGCAACAUCAACACAAAGGAGUGUAUCUCCCUGGAGAUGAAACUGUCCGGGGAGGUGAAGAAUGACCCGUUAAGUCAGGUGAUGACCACUGUGGUCGGGCUGGUGUCCAACAAAAGAGGGGGACCUUAUCUAAAAGUGGACGACUGUUGCGUUCACAAGAACGUGAUGAAGAUGAAGCUCCAGGACCUGAAGACACAUUUUUAUGUGAUUGCAGUCGCAGAGGCCUCUGCAAUCCAGUCCCCUGCUACAUCAGUAUGGGAUUACCUUGACCGUCAAAUCACUGUAGCAGUUUAUGGUCCCAGGUAUAUCCAUCCAUCAUUCAAGGUUGUAAUAGUUGUCUGCUGUCACGAGGACGUGCCACCAAAGCUUCCAUUUUCAGAUAUAUGUAGAGGCAACAAAAACCUGCCUCCGCUUGUGCUGCAGCUUUGGGGAAAGCAUCGGUUUAAACCAGAUAAACUGAAUGACCUGCAUGUCAUGGUUAGCAUCGCAGGCUCUGUGUUUCAAAUCAAACCUGAGGACAAACAGAAAGAAGUGAGGCAAAGUCAGCUCAAAAUAGGGACAGUUUUACAUCUUCCAGUUGCACUAUCUUGUACUGGCAAUACAGAAAUGACUCCCUUUCAAAUAGAUCUACAAGUGAAGGAAUCAAACACUGCCACUGCUGCACAUUUCCAGGUGCCCUCCCCUCCCGCAGCACCCAUUCGAUCAGAAAAGCGAGUGCCAAGGAAGAUGGAGAGGCGGACUGAAAUAGCAAGAACACUGCCCAUUCCAGAGGAAAGUGUUCCAGAUCUCCCCAAGUUUGAAGACAAACCCGUGAACCUUCAGUGGUAUGGUGUAGCCCUGAAGUCAGUUCUCCGUCAGCCACGUGUAGACUACCUUCUAGAGUACUUCAAGGGGGACACUGUGGCUCUCCUUUCCAGAGAGACCGUUAGGUCAGUGGGUAAUUCAAAAGUAAAGGAGUGGUAUAUUGGGUUUCUGCGAGGUAGGACUGGUUUGGUUCACUGCAAAAACAUCAAGCUCAUAACCAGAGACCAGGUGAUAGACUUCACCAGUAUUCGACUCACCAGCGAGGUCCUCUUGGACAACAUGACGCUGCCCUUCAAGAAGCUUACUUACAUGUACUCUGCCAUCCAGACACUGGUCACUGAGCACAUAACCAGCUGGAGGGGUUUGGCUGAUGCUUUAGGGUACAGCAACCUGACGCUGGACAGCAUUACGAGGAGGCAUGCUGAAACUGAGGCUGAUAAGGUGGCUUGUGUUCUGGAAAAGCUGAAGGAAGACUGUCACACUGAGAAGAGCAGGAGAAAGUUUCUGCAUGAACUCAUGGUGGGCCUGCUCAAGAUGGACUCUGUGAAUCUUGUGGCCCAGCUGAUUCAGAACACAGUCAUCCUGUCCACUGCUGUGGAGCUUGGGGUUCGAUGGCGGGAGCUUGCUGAGAAGAUGGGAAAACUCUCCAGCGCUCAGAUUGCCGGCUACGAGGCACCACACCGAGGGAAGAGCGGAGAAGUCAGUCCCCAGUCGAUGUGGAAGCCUGCCUAUGACUUUCUGUACUCAUGGAGUCUGCGUUAUGGAGACAGCUACAGGGACAUGAUCCAGGAUCUGCACUUGGUCCUGGACAAAAUGAGAAACCCCACUACCAGACAGUGGAGGCAGCUGACCGGUGCCCUCAUCACUGCAAACUGUCUUGAUAUCUUUCGGGUCUCUGCGUACCCAAAAAGCUAAACCUUUUGCAAAUGCACUCUAGUGAUGACGUCAACGUCCAUGCACUUUGGAAAAACAGAGAAAGAGAGGAUUUGUUACACUGCAAUAAGGUUUUCAUAAAGAUGUUACUUAACCCCUUUUGUUGUCCUAUAGCUUUGCUUGCUUCAACUUCAUAGUAAUUUUUUUAUACAAAGCAUUAGAAGCAACGUUAUUGAAAUUCAGUCAAGUGCUUGCACUAUAUGUCCACAUCUCACUUGGUGAGUGUUCAGUAUGUUCUCACAAUCAUUGAGCUGUGAAGAAAUGUCACUUCAUCUUGCAAACAGAAGAAAAUGAAGUGUAGUUUGUCACUUUUGUCUACAUGUCUGUGCCAAUGAGGUACAGCCUUGAAGUAAAACAUCAUGUUGGUAGAUCAUUUUCAGUUUUUGAAAAUGCUAUCCUGCUUAAACUUAAAUCUACAAUAUUUAGGAACUGACACUGUAGAUGUAGAAAUGUGUUCUAUUUUUAUUUCUUUGAAAAGUAGGUGAUUAUUAGCUCACAUACUUUUACAUUCUACCAUAUACUCAGUACAUUAAGUGUUUCAGUGAAUCCAUACCCAGAUGUCACAGUGCUUCUAAUGUGUUUUUCUAUCUGAUUAUUUAUGUAUCUAAUUGGUUUUUUAAUACCUCACUGUUGAAACUUUUGCAGUGCAUAUGAGCCUUUCCAAGUUUCUUUAUAUGAUUUCACAUACAAAUGUCUUCAUAAUUUUAGUAACACAAAUUUACAGAAUGCACAUACUAUAUUUAAUUUCUUUUUUUUUAUAUCAGAAUUCAGAUCACUAUUAUAGAGUUUAUUAUGUUAUUAUGAGUGGGAGUGGGACCAUACUGUGUGGAGAGUCAGAAAACCAAUAAAUGUGAACACUAUUGCUGACUAACACUCUCAAAGUUUUCGAUACAUGAAGUUGUAUUUACUGUAGACAUUGUGUGCUGGAAAUGAGGACACUCUUCCAAAGUGAAACUUGCCUUUUAAGUUUCCUGAUGCCAGUAAACAAAAUAUAAAGAUGCUAUUUUAAUGUACGUGUCAUAAAAUAUUUUUGUCUUUACUUAUAGUAUUUGCUAUUUUUAUAUUGUUACAGAUAUGUACAAAACAGAUCAAUUUUCUAUGGUGUACAAUGCAACCAUUACAUAUUCAUUUUGGCAUUGCCAAAUGGAAGCCUCAGUGUUUAGAGCGGUACCAUGUGGAGACUGAUGUCUUUAAUACUGAAAUGGAGACACCAUGCAUGAGAUAUGAAUAAAUAUGAACUGCAGUAAGAUAUCCGAUCUGUUUACCUUUUAAUAAAGAUGUUAUUCAGAGCAGUGGCCACUAAAAUAACAAAGAGCUAA